AUGCAACCAAUCUUUGCUCUUCCAAUAUACUACCUCCUCAUUGAACCGGUGUGGGCUUUCUGCGGCACCAGCUUCAAUGUGGUCUUUUUCUACAUGACAUGGGCCACGCUAGUGCUGUCGCAUUCAGCCCUCCGUGUUGAGCUCGUGGGCACCGCCACCGUGCGGGUGUUGUGCUAUGCUCUGCCAUCGCUGCUGUUUUUCUUAUUUGACAUCCUGACCCCCUCGGCGGCCGUCCUUCUGAAGGCGCAGGGCGAAUAUGGCCUCCCUGCCGGCAACAAACGGGGCCGAAUCCGGAAAAAGGAUCUGAAGGUCGCCGGGUGGGCGCUAUUCAAUCUGACCCUGGGGAUCGUCGUGCAAGCCGCCGUGGAGCAUGCGCUGGCCAGUCAAUUUCGCAAGGUGCGCUUGGUGAAAGUGACGCUGAAGCUGCCUCUCCCGUGGACUUUGGUGCUGGACCUUUUUUGGGGGCUUCUUUUCCGCGAGAUCCUCAGCUACACCAUCCACCGCUGCAUCCUCCACACCAACAACCCGCUCGCCCGCCUCCACCGCACCUGGUACCACUCCCUGCGCGCCCCCUACCCGCUCACCGCGCACUACGACCACCCGCUCGUCUACCUCGUCGGCCGCUGGCUGCCGACCAUCCUCCCCGUCUUCCUGCGCCGCCUGCACAUGCUCUCCUACAUCGUGUACUUGGGUCUCGUGUCGCUGGAGGAAACCUUCGCCUACAGCGGAUACUCACCCAUGCCGACGGGGUUCUUCAUCGGCGGCAUGGCGCGCAACACCGAGGCCCACCUGCACAGCGCCGGCAAGGGGAACUUCGGGCCCUGGGGCGUGCUGGACUGGAUGCUGAGCACGAACGUCGAGGAGGAGUUCGAGGAA